ACUAGAGGCAAAGUACCACAGCUUCUCCGAGCAGCCGGGCGGACGUUAGAGGUUCUUCGGAAAAAACCGUCUUUAUCACCACAUUUCUAUUCUCUAAAUAUUCCUGACCCUCGCAUCACUCCAGGAACAAACAUUUUAAUUUCUUACGCAUUCAUUUAUUCGGACAUUUAAAAGGAAACGCCGCGUUAAAUGAGUUGAGCUCGAGAGACUCGCAGCAUCCUCUCGUCAGGUUGAGACUCAUCCGAGCCCGGAGCGCGCUGCCCUUCUGCAGACGGGAGCAUACGGCUGUGCACUGGAGUUUCACGGACACAUUUUCUUCUUGGAAGUACACAUAGGACUGAGAAAUCACUAAUAUAUAGAAUUCAUCCAGAGACAGGAAAUUAAUUUUUCACACACAUCGCCGUUACGCAUGGUGGGAAUUUCUACCUCUUUUCAGUAUCGCACUGAGAAGCGCUCCACCAUGCCCGACUCACCUGCUGAUGUGAAAACACAGUCCAGGUUAACUCCGCCCACCAUGCCUCCUCCCCCCACCACACAGGGAGCUCCCCGGACAAGCUCCUUUACCCCUACAGCAUUAACCAAUGGCACCAGUCACUCUCCCACUGCGCUCAACGGAGCUCCAUCUCCGCCCAACGGCUUCAGCAAUGGGCCUUCAUCUUCCUCUUCCUCCUCGCUGGCCAAUCAGCAGCUCCCGCCGGCCUGUGGCGCGAGGCAGCUCAGCAAGCUCAAACGCUUCCUCACGACACUUCAGCAGUUCGGCAACGACAUCUCGCCCGAGAUAGGAGAGCGAGUGCGGACGCUGGUGUUGGGCCUAGUGAACUCCACUUUAACCAUUGAGGAAUUCCACUCCAAACUGCAAGAAGCAACCAACUUCCCACUUCGACCGUUCGUCGUCCCGUUUCUGAAGGCCAACCUGCCGCUACUGCAGAGGGAGCUGAUGCACUGUGCACGACUUGCCAAGCAGAACCCGGCUCAGUAUCUCGCCCAACACGAGCAGCUCCUGCUGGACACCAGCACCACCUCACCUGUCGACUCGUCUGAACUCUUGAUGGACGUUAAUGAGAACGGCAAAAGGAGGACGCCUGACAGAACCAAAGAAAACGGCUUUGAGCGAGACCCGCUUCACCCUGAGCACCCCAGCAAGAGGCCCUGCACCAUCAGUCCUGGUCAGCGCUUCAGUCCCUCCAACGGCCUCUCCUACCAGCCCAACGGCUUGCCCCACCCCACCCCGCCCCCUCCUCAGCACUACCGCCUGGACGACAUGGCCAUCGCACACCACUACAGAGACUCCUACCGCCACCCCAACCACCGCGAGAUCCGCGACCGACCUCGGCCACUGGGGAUGCACAGCGGCACACGGCAGGAGGAAGUCAUAGAUCACAGACUCACAGACAGAGAAUGGGCAGAAGAGUGGAAGCACCUUGACCAUGUAAGAAAACUCCUGAACUGCAUCAUGGACAUGGUGGAGAAGACGCGUCGCUCCCUGACAGUGCUGAGGAGGUGUCAGGAGGCAGACCGGGAGGAGCUUAACUACUGGAUACGACGUUACAGUGACGCCGAGGACCUGAAGAAGACCAGCGGCUCCAGCAGCAGUCAGUCCAGACAACAGAGUCCUGCCAGUCAAGAUGGCAAUGCUUUAGACGUCCAUAGGGAGCUUCUUCACAGACCAGUGUCUGGAUACGUACCCGACGAGAUCUGGAAGAAAGCUGAAGAGGCUGUGAAUGAGGUGAAGAGGCAGGCCAUGUCCGAGCUUCAGAAAGCCGUGUCGGAGGCGGAGCGCAAGGCUCACGAGAUGAUCAGCACUGAGCGAGCCAAGAUGGAGCGCACGGUGGCCGAGGCCAAGAGGCAGGCGGCGGAGGACGCGCUGUCAGUCAUCAACCAGCAGGAGGACUCGAGCGAGAGCUGCUGGAAUUGUGGGCGCAAAGCGAGCGAGACCUGCAGCGGCUGCAACACAGCACGUUACUGCGGUUCCUUCUGCCAGCACAAGGACUGGGAAAAGCACCACCACGUAUGCGGUCAGACUCUGCAGGCGCAGCAACAGGGAGAGACCCCUGCCACCGUCAGCUCCUCAGCCACCCCCAGCAGCGGAGCCGGCAGCCCCGCGGACAUGCCCACAGCUGCCACCCCUCGCUCGGCCACGCCUGGCACGCCGUCCGCCAUAGAGACCACGCCCCGCUAGAAUCCGAGUAGAACAUUUCUGAUGCCUCAGCCUACCGGAGACUGACUCACCUGCCUCACUCGCUCCAAAAUGCUAACGCUAGCACGCUAACAAAAAGAGAAGACUGACACUAGGGCGAUCACCCACAGGAGGUCCAUUUCAGGUCAUAUUGACUUGCCAUGAUAGAGAACGCAAAGAUAUUCUUUGUUUGAAAUUCUCAUUGUUCUUUAUUGUUUCUACAUCUAUUAUCGGUUAUACUGUUGGUAACGUUGUUUAUUGUUGUUGUGGCUCUCUUACAUUCUGUAAAUAAGAAGUAAAAGAAAUGGAGUAGACAGCUGGGACCUCUCGAGGAAUUUAUUUGACCUUCUUUUGUCCACUUUCGCUACCUUCUCAAAGCUCUUUAUCCAGUAGCUGGGAUAUGAAACUAUUUGACCUCAUUCAAAGACACUUUAAACAACCAAACCAAGGAGAUACUUCAUAUCUGACGUUAACAACGACACAAAAUAUGAUUGGGAAACGGACAGCAUUGAGAAAUAAACAUGCCAUGAGGGGCAUCUGUGUCGGACGUGGUGGAGUAAACGGCGGACAGCAUUUCUGGCUCACUGGCUGAACUCUGCAGAGGUGCAGCAGAUUGUGAAGGAACGCAGAUGUUCAUGCUUUCUUUUUUCAGCGAACUUCUGCGAGAUAUUAUCCAGGUCAAUGGUCUGAAAAAUAAAAAGCUGUUUCACCGAGGAAUGUAAGGGCGAGCUAGAUCAAACCUGCGCUGGAUGUUGAACACCACGCAGCGUAAUGAAGGACGUGCUUCGAGCCCUGAUCCCAAACGCACUUCGUCAGCUCCCAAACAGGAAGUGAAGUCAUCAGCCCACCAGAGCAGGACUGUCACAUCCUGACUAUGACAGCCGCCGGAAAACAAAGGGCUGAGAGAUUACCCAUAAAUCACGGGCGAGUCGCUGGGCGUCAAGACCCUCCCGUCCUGCAUAUCUCUAACCCUGCCAUCAAUCCUUGUUUUUGCUUGUUUUUCCCUUGUAGAUCUCAUUGUGUUCAACACUCGUGUCCUGUGCCGUCUCCGAUGGUUAUUUAUUGUACAUGUGCUGGACAAUUGUGACGCUGCAUAAUAGUUCAAGCCACAGUCACGACUUUAUAGUCUUUCUAGGUGCAAAGCGGAAGAACAUGUUUUCUCUUGUUUUCUCUCUCUCUUUCUCUCACGCUCUCGCAAGCUGCUUUUCUCUACGUAUGUGUUUGUGGUAGUCCCCUUGUAGUUCUCCGAAAAGAAGACGGAACGCUUUUCCCGUUGUCCUCGAAAGGCAACCGCUAUCUCAGUGCUGCUACUUCAGUAUCAUUCAGAUCUUUUUUGAGAACUAGCAUGUUACAUGGAAUGCUAACAUAAAUGUUUUUGUACAUGGGACGUACAUAAAUGUAUUUGCACUGUCACGGUUCCUCUCGGCAUGCUUCUUUUGCAGUUUUUUCCGUAGGGAGCGUCACUUCACGGGUUAUCUUUGGAGUGCUUCGUUUCAUGUGAUUUUCAUUUGUUGUUAAAAAACAAAAAAGAGAAAAAAGUACUAAGAAAAAAGACGAAACCGAGGUAUCACGAUCUGCUUUUGCGAACAUUUUCUUCUGAACAUAACGGCAAAAAACUUUGCUUUGAAUAGUUAAGGACAGUGCAUGCACAUGCAUACUGAACGCUAUGGUAUAUGUUGUUUUUGUUUUAUACGAAAAAGAAAAAACAUACAAAAAGACACUAAGAAACUAACUUUCCAAAUGCAGAGGUGAAAAACAGACAGCUUUAACACUGCAGAGCACCAGAAUACACAGUAUUACAAAAGAAUUAACAUGGAAGACAGCCAAAGACAGACAUGAAGGACCAAAACCUGAUUUUAUCCAAGACUUAAACAUGACAAGAUAUUCACUCAAAUGCAUUCUUCUUUUAUCGAAGCGUUUAUCAGGUUUCAAAUGCCAUUUGAAAACCUUUAAUUCUCCCUGUCCGGAGCUACGAACAGCCCUGUUCAGCUCUUAGGGAGAACAAGCCACUCAAAACCAUGUAGCAGUUCCCGAGGCAAGAGGGUUCACGUGUAUAUGAGAAAGAUCGAGCAAUAAUCGAAAAGGUAGAGCAGAUGGGGCGAAGUAUUCUACAACAAUCUCACCCUUGUUGGUUUUUCUUUCCGUAUCAUUCUUUCGUGAGAACGUCACCCCAAAAGGCGACCGGUCGAUGGCGUACUCGUCCGUUCGCAUUCAUGAACGACGCAUAACCAAACUUUCAAGUGUUUCAGCUCAUGAUAUAAAGCCAUGUCAGACAGAAACAAAGACGUUUCUAAAACUAAUGUAACGAAACGAAACAACCUCGUUCAUGGCUUAAGAGGAAGAGGGGACUGAAUGAGCCCUCACGCCCCCGAACCAUGGUGCUAAACGCUGCGUAUUUGACCUCUCGUGAGGCUCCCCGGCCUUCAGCUCGACAUGCUAUGGUUAAAGAAUCCAAAAAUAAGGUGAGAGACACCUUCAACUUCACAGAUCCUGCCAGCUAAGCUGCGUUUAGUGUGAUAUUUUUGAAAAAUGUAUACAGUGAGUUUGAUCAGGGCAACCUGAAUAAAAUAAGCACGGACGAAGCGGACUCUCUCCUCUUACCCACGCUAGUACGUCUGUUUUGCUACGAACUUUUUCCUCGGCGGCAAAAAGACUCACUCUACCUCUGACGGCAUGUUAGGAGCUCCAGUCACUGAGCGGACGCUGGUCUAGUCAAACCAAAUGGGCACUUGAGAACAGGACUUAAACCCAAAGCAAAAGCUCGAACCAUAUCACUACUUGGUAACAAUGCAGACCUCAUAAGAAAUAAAACUUAAUGAAUAGAAUACAUAAGAUAAAAACCGAAAAAAAAAAACUUUUUUACGUUCCUUUACGUUGUCACACGCUUUGAGUUUGUAAAUAUGACGACUCAAAGUAAAAAAAAGAUUUCAGAGUGUUGACUCCAUUUGAUAUACUCUUUAAUUCAAUAAAUGGUCAAAGAUGAGAAAUGUGAUAUAUUCUUAUUGCCCUCCUUUUUACCCGCGCCCCCUCUCCUUGUUUCUGUCGUCUGUUGUAAGACACGCUAGGCCGCUCGUCGACGUCCUUUAGGUUCAUGUUUAUAGGGGGUUCACGCAGAACGCGUCCUCUUUUGCUGGCGCGCGAGGUGUUCCUGCGUUUGUAAAGUGAAUUGAACUCUGCGUUAAAAGGGACAGUGGAAACGCAAAAUGAAAUGAAUUGGUGGGUGGGUUCAGGGAUGGGCAGUCUUAGGGUUCUUGGAAAUCUUUAUUGUGAAAAAUAAAACUCAUGAAAGUCGUUGUGCAAUACUUAACGGAAACACAAACCACAUGUUGAAGGUGGACUGGGAGGGUGUGGUCUCUCAGUAUACUCAAUAUACUGUAGGGGUUUUUGAGUCUACUAUGUCAGAACUGUGGUUUCUUGUUUAAUCUGUUUUCUUUAUUUUAUUCUCUCAUUUUAGGGGGCUGUAGUAAAUGGUCUGUCAGUCUGUGAAUCUUUGCAGUAUGAUUCUGGUAUUGUUGUACUCUUUACUGUGUAAUAAAUAUGUUCAUACCUGCAUUGGAGACUCUGGGUUGC